CCAAGCUCGUCCAUCGGUUGUGUUUUGACUGAGGCCUCCGCUUUUUGUGGCCCGCCCUCCAUCUCAACAAAAACAGAGCUGCUACUGCUUCGGCGGCGGCUGUUAGCUGGAACGGCUAAAUGCUCGCAAAGCUGCGUCUAACUUGACUUAAUGCCUUGUAUUGGUCGUUUAACUGAAAACACCGUCAUUUUAUACUCUACUGCACAAUGAUUAAAAAUAAAAGCAGGACUAAAUAUAUACUGUGGAUUUACCCUAGCAUAUUAGCGCUACCACUAUUAUUUGAGAACGUUAGCUGCAGAAAUUGCAGCUGAAUGCUAGCUAAAGGCAGCAACAUUAAAUCCGCAUACUUAGAUGAACAAACACAUUUACGUUUUUUUACGUUAGUGUUGAUAUUUGAAGACCCAACCUUUGAAGUAACACUAAAACACUCAGCUUGAUAGCCUUGGUAUGGGACUGCAGUUAAACAUUUCAAAAUAUGUAUCUCAUUUUAUUAAACUGCCGACCGAAGUAGUCUAGAUUGCGUUGCUUUUCGAUAUGUAAAAUCUGAUGAAAGGUAUCGACAAAAAUGCAAGUUUUAACGUCAGGUUUUUGCAUACAUUUCCUAAAUUUAAUUGUUGUACAUUUGGUUCAAUGUGACACAAUGCAUAUAAUGUCUUGUUUAUCAACAUAGAACCCCCGGGCAAAUAUUUUUUAGGUUGUUCUGUAACUGAUUAUGAUGUUUCACGUUACAUACAGUAUGUCUAGUAUUUUAUAAACCCAAGGUGUCAGUAUAACAGCUGAUCAAGUGUACAGCUAAAGAUAAAACCCCAAGAAGUGGAAAAAAAAACAGCAAUAAUUUGGGGUCACUUUAAAUCAUUUUCUAUCUAGUCUUUAAAAGGGUUGUAUCUGUUUUUUUUAUUGAUCUUGUAGUGGGGUCUAGUUCUGUGAUCACUUACACAUUCUUCAGAUUUUCUAUAACAUUUAGAUCAGAGCUAAUUGCAGGUCAGUUAAUAUUAUUAAUUUUUAUUGUCUACUUUUGAUAUGGAUUAUUCUCCUUUAUUAUAAUCCUAGGCUUCUGAUGUAUUUACUCAGCAUUAUCUUGUAAUCUCAGGGUGGAUAUGUUCGGUUGGAAAUUGCCUAGUUUGUUUACACUUGUUUUCACUCCUGAUAAAUAUUGUGAUAAAUGAAAACUGUGCAAGUAGCUGGUUAAAAUAUUUUAUAUAGACUGUUUCUGGAGAAGGUCAACAUGAAAUAAUUUUCCUGAAACCUAUGCAUGUUCACUAGCCUUAAAGACAGAGAAAUGAAGAAGAAAUGGGCGUGUUCAAUGUGUUUUCACAUUAGACCAUGCAUCCCAUACCUUUGAUGCAUUGAUCAAUUAAAGGGUACGAUGUGUUUUCCUUGUCUCUAAAUGAAGAGUGGUGUAAGUGAUGUAAUUUACCUUGUGUGCAGAACUUCAUCUCUAGGUUCUAUUUCAUACCUGGACAUAAAGGUCAAAAUCGCGUCAAGUGCAUGAACUAUGAAGGUCAAUGAAGGGUCCCAUGUAUCUCUCUAAUCUUGCAAUGAGUUGCAAAUACAUUUAAACAAAAAACACUCAAAUGGUGGCUCAAAUGGGUAGGGCAGGUUGUCUUCCAACUAGAGUUAGGUUUAAUGUGAUCUAUGUACCAAUUGUGCAUCCAACACAAUUAUGACACUCCUCUACGUUUUGAUUCUAAAUGACAAACAUAAAUCUCCCCUGUUCACAAAUAAAUACUAGUUGAGAAAAAAACUCCCAGAGAGUACAGGAUUCUCCAGAAAAACAAACACAUAGUUCAGAGGCCUAUUAAUGGUUUACAAUAUCUCACAACAGGACAGGUGAAGUGAUUGGGUUUUAUUUCGCCCCCCCUUUUUGUAAGAUAAAUUAUAGAAAAAAAAUGGGAGAAGAUAAAUCAAUAAAGAUAAAUCGCUACUAUACUAAAACAUCCAGGUCACUUGAAAUAGACUUAAUGAGUUGUCUGCUUGCUAAAUUUCUUGUUUGUCCACAGUAAACCAACAUGCAAAUAUGUUUGCUUAAGCGUACAUCAUACAGUACUGUCUGUGGCUAUUAUAAGCACCAUUAUUCAUAGGUUGAUACAAUUCCAAGGGAAACUGGAAAAGGUUAGUCUCUGAUUCUCUUUGGUAUAAUUUAUGAACACAACACUGUUAGAACUUGCUACACAUAAUCAAAUAACCGAUGCCUUUUCCUCCAAUAGUGUAGUACUGCUGAUGCAUAGUCACAAGACAGGAGUAAUGUUAAGGCUCUGAAGGGCUUAGCCUUCACUGUGUGAUUUUGAACCUAGAGCCUGGCUGAGCUGCACGUACGGGUCAUGAGCCCACUCUGGUAAACAGUCGUGUGUGUGUUUGUGCCGAGCAGAUAGGCUUUAUCAGGUAGUAGCAGCAGUAAAGGCCAGACUCCCACAGCAAAGAAGGACCGUCCCUCUUGCUUACCAAACCAGAUGGUGCCUGGGCAGUCACCUUUUCUUCAGAAAUUUGCAAACCUGUUACCUGACAUGCAUUUUUUACUUGAGAAUAAUUGAAUGGUAAAUGGAUUGCUGACUUAAACACUGCAUUUGGUUUGUCUAGCUUCUUUUAGGGAAGCAGCAUUGUUCUACAUUUCUUUCCCUUUCGGCAUCUUCAGUGUUCACCAUAAGGUGUGUUGAGGUCCUGAGCAGCUCCUCAGAUUAGAUUUAAGUCUCUGCAAGAGUAGUUGACCUUUACAACUAUUUGUUGGCCUGUAUGCUGAAAGAUCUCUGACAGGUUGCCUGUUUGUGGGGGAGUGUUGUUAGGCGAUAUUGGUUUAAGGAAAAGGAACGGAAAGUGAAUUACUUGUCAUUGUGACACCGCACACAACGAAAUAUGACCUCUCCUUUAACCCAUCACCAAAGUGAACAGUGGGCAGCUUUAAGUGCCUGGGGAGCAGUGAGUGGGGACGGUGCCAUGCUCAGAGCAACGCAGUGGAGAAUAUUUGAUUCACAAAGAACCUUUCAAAUUAAAAGUUACUGCUUAACAAAGGCUGAAACAUGGCAUCACAACAUCAGGAAAAUGCACUGAUUUCUAUCACUUGUGAGACUUUUCUCUACAGGAUCAACUAGAACUGCCUUUGGUCUACGGCUGUGACUGGUCCAAGCAAGAGUUCAGGCUCACUGGGUUGACCCAUACUCCUUCACAGGGGCCAUGUUUGCGUCAGAGGUCUUAAAGCGGCAAGCUAAACCAGACAGAUUCCUGUUUCACAGCCUGAAAUUUGGGCUGCAACACUUCAUCAUUGCAUAAGCAUUGGAUUGGAUACGUUGGUGGAGCAGGAUGAGGAGAGAUGGAAAAAGGGAACUAUCAAAAAACAUACUCUAUCAACUACAGGAAAGUGAGGAGGAGGGGCAGAGUAGUCUCGAGUGUAUCCAGGCCAAUCAGAUAUUCCCUAAGAAGUCCCCCAUCCUAGAGGAAGAGAACAUGCAGGUGCCCUUUCCUGAGCUACAUGGGGAGUUCACAGAGUAUGUGGGCAGAGCUGAGGAUGCCAUCAUUGCCAUGUCCAACUACCGCCUGCACAUCAAAUUCAAAGAGUCCAUCAUUAAUGUUCCCCUUCAGCUUAUAGAAAGUGUGGAAUGCAGGGAUAUGUUCCAGCUUCAUCUUACUUGUAAGGACUGCAAAGUAGUCAGGUGUCAGUUUUCCACAUUUGAGCAGUGUCAGGAAUGGCUAAAACGCCUCAGUGUUGUGGUCCGCCCCCCAUCCCGCCUAGAGGACCUCUUCUCCUUCGCCUUUCACGCCUGGUGCAUGGAGGUGUAUGCUGGUGAGAAGGAGCAGCACGGCGAGCUGUGCAGACCAGGUGAACAUGUGAUCUCCUGGUUCAAGAAUGAGGUGGAGAGGAUGAGCUUUGACACUCAAAAUGCCUGGAGGAUGUCAGACAUCAACAGCAAGUUCAGACUUUGCCCCAGCUAUCCUCAGCAGCUCUUGGUGCCAGCCUGUAUCACUGACAAGGAGUUGGAAAAUGUGGCAGCCUUCCGCUCCUGGAAGAGGUUUCCUGCUGUGGUUUAUAGGCACAUCAGCACAGGGGCUGUCAUCGCCCGCUGUGGCCAACCUGAGGUCAGCUGGUGGGGCUGGAGGAAUGCAGAUGACGAGCAUCUGGUCCAGUCCAUCGCCAAGGCCUGUGCCGUCAACAGUAGUCCCCACAAACAUGUCCAGAACAGCAGCUACACCAAUGGCUCAGAUCUGCCUGACACAGAAUUUGAGUCCUCCAUGACCAACAGCACUGAGGUGGAGACACUGGUCAUCCAGCCUCACAAGUUACUUAUUUUGGAUGCCAGGUCUUAUGCUGCCGCUGUUGCAAACAGGGCCAAGGGGGGAGGCUGUGAAUGUCCAGAAUACUAUCCCAAUUGUGAGGUGGUGUUUAUGGGCAUGGCCAACAUUCACUCGAUCCGCAAGAGUUUCCAAUCUCUAAGUUUCCUCUGCACCCAGAUGCCUGAUCCAGCCAACUGGCUUUCUGCACUGGAGAGCACUAAGUGGCUGCAGCAUCUGUCUCUGCUGCUAAAGGCAGCACUGCUUGUGGUCAAUGCAGUAGAUCGAGACCACAGACCUGUCCUGGUGCACUGCUCUGACGGCUGGGACCGCACACCUCAAAUCGUUGCUUUGUCCAAACUACUGCUAGACCCGUAUUACCGCACUGUUGAGGGCUUUCAGGUUUUGGUGGAAACCGAUUGGUUGGACUUUGGUCACAAGUUUGCAGACCGCUGUGGCCAUGGAGAAAGCUCUGAAGAUCUGAACGAGCGCUGCCCUGUCUUCCUACAGUGGCUGGACUCUGUUCACCAGCUUCAGAGGCAGUUUCCCUGUUCCUUUGAGUUUAAUGAGGCUUUUCUGGUGAAGCUAGUUCAGCACACCUACUCCUGUCUUUUUGGCACUUUUUUGUGCAACAGUGGCAAAGAGAGGGAGGAUCGACAUGUCCAGGAGAGGACCUGCUCUGUCUGGUCACUGUUGAGACCGGCCAACCGCACGCUGAGAAACAUGCUGUACUCCUCACACUCGGAAACCGUUCUCCACCCAGUCUGCCACGUGCGCAACCUGAUGCUUUGGUCAGCUGUCUAUCUGCCCAGCUCUUCCCCCACCACUCUCUCAGAUGAUUCCUGUGCCCCCUACCCUGUGCCGGGUGCCAACCCACAGGACACUCCACUGGCCAGAUAUACAAAAACUCGCUCCUUUGACAGCUUGCCCAGUGCCUGUGAGUUAGGACAAUCCAUGGCUCCGAACCGUCGCUCCAGUGACCCGAACCUAAAUGAGAAGUGGCAGGACCACCGGCGCUCUCUGGAAAUAAAUAUUGCAGUGGGGCCUGAUGGAGAGGGGAACCAGGAUCAGGAGCCGCUGUCUAAUGGCGCAGGACUGUACACAGACAUGGUGGACUCUGAACUGGACGAGAGCCUGGAGCAAAAGAGCUCACAUACAGAACAGGAACACGAUGCCUCCGUGAGCCCUGAGUCCUUGGGAGAUGAAGCAGAGCUGUCUGUGGCAGUAGGUGUGGCUGAGGGCCAAAUGCAGAACAUUCUUCAGGAAGCCACAAAAAAGGAGGUGGCAGCAGAUCAGAGAGAAGACAGUGUUACUGCUGCUGAUGUUGUAACCGCUGUUGACAAAGAGUCCGGAAGAGAUGAGAAAGUUGGAGAGGAACAGGAAUCUACUAAAGUCAAUGCAUCUGAGAUUCUGACCGAGUCAGUUCUUAAUGGUCAUUGUCCAGAAAGUGACCUCACAGAUGGUGCAAAGGACAAGGAAGCUUAUAUUCUCCCUCCUUUGGUCUCAGAAAGAGCUGAGAAACCUGAUAAUCAAACAGGCCAUGUGACUCAGACACCAGAGGAAGUGGUGACACAAGCUGGUGAGAACUCCAGCAUGGAAGAGGAGGUAACACAUGGACCUAGUGAGUCCGAUUCACCUGAGCACGAGCAGCCUGCAGCUCACAGAACUAUAACUAAUGGUUUUGUGGACAGGCCGCCUGAAGGGCUGGGUCAGGACCAGGAGGAGAUGUGUCCUGACUGUGAACCUGACCAGGGCAUCUGUGAGCCAGUGGAUAAGAGAGUUUCAGUUUUGGAGAGCUCCACAGAGACUUUAACUGAAGAAGCAUGCAGCAGGUUGGAGCACGCCAUACAGCCUCCCAGUCUAUUGAGCCGACCUCCCUGCAUUGACGGCAGGAGUCGGCCGCCCUGCUCUAGGAGAGAGAGGGCAAUAGACACAAGUGAGCGCAGCUUAGGCAUAACUUUAAACGGGGGCACCAAGAGACCCCCAGUUGGUGCCUUUCAGUCUGCAAGUAUUGACCUCGACAGGGAUGGCCUUUGUAAUGGAGAAAACUCUGAAGGUGAACCCGGGGGAGCUCCUCAUUGGCCUGCAGGAAACGGACAGCUGUCCCUGGCGAGCUGUAACUCACUCAUUCUCCAUCAAUGGGGCAGUUGCUCCCAACAUCACUGGUGCCACACCAUGAUGAGCCAGGCCGCCAUGAGUCCUGAACAGCCUUCACGCAAUCACCUGGAUGAUGAUGGGUUGACACUGCAUACUGAUGCCAUUCAGCAGAGACUAAGGCAGAUUGAGGCAGGGCACCAGAUGGAGGUGGAUACUCUGAAGAAACAGGUGCAGGAGCUAUGGAGCCGCCUUGAGAUGCAGCAAAACACAGGCUCUCAAAGAAUCAACGGUGACAUGGGAGACGAAAUGACCUCAAUGACAGACUCUGAGUACAACCUGGACCCCAACUGUUUAUCGCACUGCAGCACAGAGCUCUUCUCGGUGGCAAGCAGGGAGCAGGUGGACAAGCAGAACACUGAGGUCACUCGCUGGUACCCUGACCAUUUAGCAGCUCAGUGUUAUGGCUGUGAUAGCAGGUUCUGGCUCGCCACCAGGAAACAUCACUGCAGCGGCAAAGAGCCUGUCCAGGAGCUCUGGAACUGUGGUAACGUCUUCUGUGCCAGCUGUUGUGACCAGAAGAUUCCAGUGCCAAGUCAGCAGCUGUUCGAGCCUAGCCGCGUCUGCAAGAGCUGCUACGGCAGCCUCCACCUCAGCUCGGUUCCUCUGGACCUGGAGAAACCCAUCACAGCCUGCUCCAACUGAGACCCCAGAUGACAAGGCAGGCCGGCAGAAAGUUCAGCUGCUGACACAGAUGCACUGCUGAAGGAGGGAACAGCAGCUCUACACAUAGUGUAGGGUGCAUAUACAGAAGAGGAUGCAGCCAUGGUGGAGCUGAGUGGUGUGUGUGUGUGUGUGUGUGCGCGUGUGUGUAUUUUUUUUCAAUUUCUUUCUAUGGUUGUAGGUCAAAAACUCCCACCCAAGUCUGGACAGUCAUAGUCAUCAUUGUUGAGAAGCGUGAAGGGUCUGUACACCCAAAAUUAUCAUUUUAAAACAUUACAACAAAUGUGGUUUUAUACACAUACUUGCAUUUUAUUUACAACAAAAAUAUAAAGCAUAUACACUGCUCAAAAAAAUAAAGGGAACACUUAAACAACACACUGUAACUCCAAGUCAAUCACACUUCUGUGAAAUCAAACUGUCCACUUAGGAAGCAACACUUAUUGACAAUCAAUUUCACAUGCUGUUGUGCAAAUGGAAUAGACAACAGGUGGAAAUUAUAGGCAAUUAGCAAGAGACCCCCAAUAAAGGAGUGGUUCUGCAGCUGGUGACCACAGACCACUUCUCAGUUCCUAUGCUUUCUGGCUAAUGUUUUGGUCACUUUUGAAUGCGGUGCUUU